GGUUUGGGUCAUUGAUUAGCAUUAGAUUGGGAACUUUCUUUUAAAUCUAUUAAAAUUAAAUGAAAACACUAAACAGUGAAAAUAUCCUACACUUGCUCUUAAUUAACUUAAUACAUGUAUUGAACUAAUGUUCAGCACUUUCUGCUUUAUUUUAUGCAUAGUUAAUUUGAGAUCCAUGACUUGCAAAUACAUAAUGUGUUUUUGAGUUUUUACAUUAAGAUUGCUAUGUUAUUAAAGUAUUUUGCUACAGCACAAAUUAUAAGAAGUUUCUCUUCGUUACGGCCAGAAAUGGACGCAGCAAACAUGAUAAAAUUGAUAAAAACCUGCAUACCACCUUUAGAUGGAUCACACCAUAAAGGCCAAGCAGGAAGAAUAGGAGUUGUAGGAGGCUCACUUGAAUACACGGGAGCGCCUUACUUUGCAGGCAUAAGUGCUUUAAAAGUUGGAGCCGAUUUAGUACACAUAUUCUGCUCAACACCAGCAGCCAACGUGAUUAAAUCAUAUAGUCCAGAAUUGAUUGUCCAUCCUUUACUUGACACAAAAAACUCUAUAAAUGAAAUAUCACCUUGGCUUGAAAGACUCCAUGUUAUAGUUAUAGGGCCAGGCUUAGGAAGAGAUGCUAAGAUAUUAAAUGUUGCUUCAGAACUUAUCAAAAUAAUUGAAACUAAAAAAAUACCACUAAUUAUUGAUGCUGAUGGGUUAUAUUUAAUAACAGAGAACCCUGAACUUUUAAAAAAAUUUUCAUCACCAGUCAUAUUGACACCAAACAAAAUAGAAUUUGAGAGGCUUAGUAAUAAACUAAAUGGAGAAUCUGGGUUUUCUGCACUGGGUAAAAAUAUAACAAUUUUACGAAAAGGAGCAACUGAUGAAUUGUUCAGUUACUGUUCGGAAUUAAAAUGGAAAAAUUGUACUGGAGGAUCUGGAAGGAGGUGUGGUGGUCAAGGUGACCUGCUAUCUGGAUCAAUUGCAACAUUCUUACAUUGGAAUCAAGCAAACUCAGAUAAGCUUGACAUUGGAAUACAUACUGAUAAAAGUUUAUUAGCAUCAUCUCUGUCAUGUUUUGCAGCCUCUACACUAAUAAGAUCAUGCAAUUCAAAAGCUUUUCAGGAAAAAGGUAGAAGUAUGUUAGCCACAGACAUGAUAGAACACAUUCAUGGAGCAUUUAAGGAUUUGUAUGGAGAAUAAGAUAGAGCAUCCUUUUUUUUUUAAUCUAAGAAAUCAAAUGUGUUAAAUAUUUUAUUAACUAUACAAGGUGUAUUAUAGCUGUGGCAAAUUGAAUAGUUCAGGUGGCUUUGUUUCUAUCUUUAAUCUAUUUAUUAUUUAUAAGGGUAUGCCCAUAAAAUUGCAUCUUUUAAAAACAAUAAGAUUUAAGAAUAAUAUCUGGUGAACUCAAUAAAAUGUUACAACAUUAACUU